UGGACCGUUGAAAAUCCUUAUAUCUGAAAAUCACGGUCCCGUGACAUCGACAAUUACAAUUUUCAGCAUCUUCUUUGUAAUAAGGUUGUUGUGAAGAACAAGAAAAAAUAAAACCAAACAACACUUGUCUAUUUUUUAUGUCUUCAUUUUGGAGCUGAAUUUUGAAGCAACCAUGGUCAUGGAUGAUGUUUUGAAUGGAUUCUCUCCUGUUUCAACUCCUAAGAUUUCAUGGAAAUCUAGAAGAAGAUCAGCUAGCGGUAGGGAUUCAGAGGUAUCAUCAGAAGAUAAAGCUAAAACGCCACCCAGCCAACAGGAAGAUACUCCUCCGAAUGUGGAGAUGCUUGACACAACUGAAGUUUCUGAGCUUUCUGAACGUCGGAAGGCCUUGUUUGAACCAUUAGAACCUAUAAAUAACAUCAAUGGUCGACGACCCUCGGCUGAGUCCUUGCUUCCUCCCCCUGACUUUGAGUCCGCAAACUAUCCAAAGGGGUGGCUGAUCGGAAAGAAACGGAAGCUUGUCAAUGUUGAUGUUGUUGAAAAGAUGCGCAGAAUUGCCGUCCAAGAAAUGAACAGAAAGGACAGGGAAAUAGAUGGACUAAACGAACAACUAGAGGAGGAUUCGCGGUGUCUUGAGCAUUUGCAAGUGCAACUUGUGGACGAACGAAGCAAGCGCUCUCGACUCGAAAGAGAAAACAAUAUGCUUCAAGAACAAGUGAACAUGCUUAUGAACAUGAUACAAGAAACUGAGCAAAUGACAGAUGAAGGGCAAGAAAUGGGAGGUGAAGGCCAAGAUGAACCUUGAAGAUGCAUUGUUUUAUACUAUCAGUGUGUGCAUGCUCGUGAUUGUUAUAUUCAUUUGUAGAUUUUCUCCAACGUAUGUUAUUAGAAUGCAUAUAGUAGUAGUAAUAUUAAUAUUGGGAUAAUCAAACACUACUGAACAUAAUUGUUUAUCUCAAACACAGAAGCAAAGUGUUAUUUUAUUUAUUUUUUAUCAGAAACCAAA